GUGUACGCUUCUUUAAAAUUAUCCUACGAACACGGCGUGACGUCAGGUUGCCAGGGUGACCAGCCCCGGUGGCACGUGUCCGGUAUAAAAUGGUGCAGCAUUACGCGGAAACUGAGCAGAUCCGCAGCAGCAUCACAGAAGGAGGUUCAAGACCACAAUCCAUACUCUUGCAAUAAUGUCUGAGCUUUGCGUUGGAAUCAAUGGAUUUGGCCGCAUUGGCCGUCUGGUCCUCAGGGCCUGCCUUGAGAAGGGAAUUAAAGUCACCGCCAUCAACGACCCCUUCAUCGACCUGCAGUACAUGGUCUACAUGUUCAAGUAUGACUCCACUCACGGCCGUUACAAGGGAAAAGUGCACCAGGAGGAUGGAAAACUGUUCGUUGAUGGUCAGGCCAUCUCUGUGUUCCAGUGUAUGAAGCCUGCUGAGAUCCCAUGGGGUGAUGCUGGUGCCCUGUAUGUAGUCGAGUCCACCGGAGUCUUCCUCAGCAUUGAGAAGGCCUCAGCUCACAUCCAGGGUGGCGCCAAGCGCGUAGUUGUGUCUGCCCCAUCACCUGACGCUCCCAUGUUCGUGAUGGGAGUCAACCAGGACAAGUAUGACCCCUCCAGUAUGACCAUUGUCAGCAAUGCAUCCUGCACCACUAACUGCUUGGCUCCCCUGGCUAAAGUUAUUCAUGAUAACUUUGGUAUUGAGGAAGCCCUCAUGACCACAGUCCAUGCAUACACCGCUACACAGAAGACAGUGGACGGCCCCUCUGCCAAGGCCUGGCGCGAUGGACGUGGCGCCCACCAGAACAUCAUCCCUGCUUCCACUGGUGCUGCCAAGGCUGUGGGCAAAGUCAUUCCUGAGCUGAACGGCAAGCUGACCGGUAUGGCGUUCCGUGUGCCAGUCGCCGAUGUGUCCGUCGUUGACCUCACCUGCCGCCUCUCAAAGCCCGCCAGCUACGCUGACAUCAAGGAGUCUGUCAAGAAGGCCGCUCAUGGACCACUGAAGGGAAUUCUGGGAUACACAGAGGAUUCCGUUGUUUCAUCUGACUUCGUUGGUGACACUCACUCUUCAAUCUUUGAUGCCGGUGCAGGCAUUUCCCUCAAUGACAACUUUGUCAAACUCAUCUCCUGGUAUGACAAUGAAUUUGGCUACAGCCAUCGCGUUGCUGACCUGUUAGUGUACAUGCACUCCAAAGAGUAACUCACCAAGUUUUGCGACAGCAGAAAAGCCCUACCAUUCCUUCUUUUCGACGCACUUAUUUCAUAGCUGAAGCCAUAGUGAUACGCCUUAGCAUUCCUGUUCCCACCUACGAGACGCAUUCGUCUCUGUAGACGUCUGUGUGUGCGUGUUAGUUUCUUUUGACGGUAUUUGUGUCAGUGUCACUCCACAGGCAUUGCUGUAGUUGUUACCAUUCUGGGUGUAAUCACAUUGUGUUGGUGUAAAGAGAAUAACUGAUAUAAAUUACAUGAGGUAAAAGGCUACUGUAAUGCAGUUUAAAAGAAACUAAUUAAAGUGUUUGGAAAAACAAA